UUUUCCAUUUUCCAAAUUCAUCCUUUCUUCAAUAUGGUAUCAGAGCAUUAACUUAUGCUUCCUUCUUGCAGUUUCUAAUUGCAAAAUCGAUCGGCAAUGGCUACAGAAAAUAUGGAUCUUUCUGUUCAUAAUUCUUCUUCGUCAUCAUCAGCCAACAGUUUCGCAGUUGAUGUUGGAUUGAAUCAGUAUUUUCUCCCUGGAUAUAAGCCUAAGCAGGGAACUGGAGAAACGAACAAUCAGACCUUAAAUCCCACUCAAUAUCAAUGCUUGAUGAAUAUGCUGAACACUCAUCUCACUGCUGCUAAGAUUGAAACACGACAGGCAUCUAGGUCUGAUCAUAUGACAGGUACAUGUCUCUAUUUAUUUCAAUCAAACGAUCAGUUCACCUACAAUUUGGGUGAUUGAUUCCGGAGUGACAAGCCAUAUUUGUUCAAACCAAUAUGCGUUUAACACUUUGAGAC